UAACGUCAAGGUGACUAUCAAGACUGGGCAGUCAUAAUAGGAGCAGGAUUUCGUUGAACGCAUACCGUGGCCAUCGAGCCUGGUGAAACCCGCCGAUCACUCAUUCAAAUUCAUGUCUUGCGAGCUAUAAUCCACCAUGACAGCAGACGUCAAAUCGGCUGCGGCACGGAUUCUAUCCACUGAUAGCUCUCGAGAUCCGAGCUACAACAACUUCUCCUUCACUCCCUUCCUCCGCAACAGCUUCGGUUUUGGGCUCGCGAGCGAUGUACCCGUCUGCAAAGCCUACAGUGAAGGGCAUUGCCCCUUAGGACCAGCCUGCCCAGAUCGGCAUCCCACACCCUCGCGGGUAACGACGUCGACAACAACAGCGUCCGGGCUGGCGCCUUCUACAACGCAUGGCUCCCUAGUCUGCAAACACUUCCUCAAGGGGCUCUGCAAGAAAGGUCUCAAAUGCGAAUAUCUCCAUGAAUACAACCUCCGCCGCAUGCCGGAAUGCCAGUCCUUCUCGCGAUCAGGCUACUGUCCCAACGGCGAUGAUUGUCUAUACCAGCACGUGCGGGAACAAGCGCGAUUGCCGCCCUGCGAGAACUACGAUCAGGGCUUCUGCGAGCUGGGCCCCUUGUGCGCCAAGCGACAUGUUCGGCGACGACUCUGCAAAUACUACUUGGCGGGAUUCUGUCCGGAGGGUAAAGCGUGCCCCGAUGCUCAUCCGCGCUGGUCGGAGAAUCUCCCCAAACCUACCAUGAGAGUUGAAAAGACCGAGGAGGAAUUGGAGCGGGAAAGGGCUCUCAUCCGAGAGGAGCAGGAGAGAGAGAAGGAAAGGGAACGAGAGUGGAGGAGCGAGCGUGGCCGUGGAGGUGGCUUCAUGCGCGGCCGAUAUCGAGCACGCGGACGGGGGUAGAAUCAAGCUGUCUGUAUCCGGCAUGGGGGUUUACUUACGGCUCUUAUGGAAGUUGGCUGGUUUCGCAUACUUUUAGAAGCUUUUGCAGGUGGUCAAGAUACCCAAUUUGAAGUUAUAAACUGUGUUAAUGGC